CUUCAGUUUAGUAAAAUAUCAGCUGUUUGGGACGCUAAAUUUUUUUUGCGGUUGUAGAAAACGUUUCUAACAAAUUUAACAUUUAAUAAUUUAUAAACAAACAAAGAAAAAUGUUAUUCUAUUCGUUUUUCAAAUCUUUGGUUGGCAAAGAUGUAGUUGUAGAACUAAAAAAUGAUUUAAGUAUUUGUGGAACUUUACAUAGUGUAGAUCAAUAUUUGAACAUAAAGUUAACUGAUAUUAGUGUAACCGAUCCGGAGAAAUAUCCGCACAUGUUGUCGGUAAAAAAUUGUUUUAUACGCGGAUCCGUUGUGCGUUACGUUCAACUGCCUGGUGAUGAAGUGGACACACAACUUUUGCAAGAUGCCGCGCGCAAAGAAGCGGUUGUUAGUUCACGAUGAAGCGUCCGGAAAAGAUAUUUUUCAUCAUGUGCAGGCAAUUCUAUGAAAUGCAUUUCAUUAACAUCAAAUUAACGAGCACUUUCAUAUAUACAACAACAACUAUUUAAUUUCGUAAUUCAUUGGUUGUAAGAGAAAUGUUUUGUUCCUAUUUUUGCAACUGAUUAAAUACAUUUAAA